ACGCAAGACAACUCUGUGAUAUUAAAUCACGUGGUUACUUUGAAUUUUGUAGGAAAUUCAUUUGAAAGUAAUUUAAUUAAUUUCCUAAAAUUGAUCUGUUAAAUACAAGGUAUCACUGGUUUUUGAUAUUAAUUUUCUUCUUUUAAACUUCACUUAAAAAAUGGAAGAUAGAGAAAAAUCAUUCAUGGACGAAAUUGUGGAUGUUUUGAUUGAAAUCAUAUUCAACUGUUGAGUUCUAAGAAUGAUAACCACGGCUUUUGAUGACAUCAUUUUGUCAUAGUUCCCCUCUUUCUUGAAGUUGAAUCACACAGGUUGCAUCUGGACAUAGUCAUCGCGAAUUUGUAGGAUGGCCAGCUCAAAUUCUCCUACUGACAAAGCCAUAGCUCAGGAAAGUUCAAUAAAUGAUUCAUAUCUUGCUCCUGAAGCAAGAUUUGAGUGUCCUAUUUGCCUAGCUUGGUUGAGAGAUCCUCUGUUAACAUCUUGUGGACAUAGGUUCUGUAGAAGAUGUAUAGAAUCUUGGUUACAGCGUGAGAAUCCAUGUUGUCCUGUAGAUAAUAUGACGCUUACAAAAGAUGAUAUUUUUCCUGAUAAUUUCACAAGAAGAGAGAUUAAUCAGCAAAGAACGAAGUGUCCAAAUAUAUCUAGGGGAUGCUUAGAACAACUAAAUCCCCUGGAUGUGGAAAGUCAUCUUUUAGUUUGUCAAUUCAAAGUGCCUGAACUUCCAGAGAAUGAAAAAUUACGGUGUUCAUAUGUACAUCUGGGAUGUAGUGAAAAAUUUGAAGAUGAAAUUGAGCUAGAUAAUCACCUGAAGCAAGAGAUCCAUAAACAUAUGAAUAUGAUACUGGGUAUUUGUAAUAAACUUACCACCAGUGAGUCUGCAAAUUCUGUAAUAGCCGAAGAAGCAAAAUUUUGGGAUGCCCCUUCAAAAAAUGGCCAGCCUUCUAGCUCUGAUACAGGAAAUAUCCAUGAGUUGCUUAGAGCUCUCUAUGAAAAGCAUGUGAUCUUGGAACAAAAGAGCCGGGAGCAGGAUAUUAUAAUAGCUAAUAUGUCUGAGCAAAUACAAUCUCAAGAAUUGGCUCUUUCUAAAAUAAACCUCAGACAUUGUAAUGGUUGUUACUUGUGGUAUUUCAAUGACUUCAAAAAAAAGCUUGCUUCAAUGAGGAAUGAUAAUAGAAUAAUGCAUUAUAGUCCUGGUUUUUUCACAUCUCCCAAUGGAUACAGGUUAUGUAUCAGGUUGAAUAUAUCCCCUAAUAACCCCAAUACUAUAGCCAUUUUGAUUCAUAUGAUGAAAACGGAGCAUGAUAAUACCUUAGACUGGCCUUUCAGUGGACGAUUAACUAUAAUAUUUAUUCAUCCAAGCGAUGCUUCCAAAAAUAUCAAAGAAACUAUGAUGACUCGUCCUAACUUAGAGGCAUUUCAGAGACCCAUACUUGAAAUGAAUCCAAAGGGAUUCGGAUACACAGAAUUCACUACAAUAGAUGAAUUACUUUCAGAAGGUUUUAUCGAGAAAAAUCAACUUAUCAUCAAAGUGCAAGCUCAACCGGUAUGAAUUUGUGGCAGCUUAAAAAAAAUGAAGUAUGAAUUUGAAUGUACUCAUGAUAACUUUUGAUGGUGACACAUCAUUUGAAUCUCAAUUAAAUUUAAACAUAAAUGUGCGACAUCAAAAUGUUAGUUACUGGAUCAGUAUUAAUCUUACAAAUAUGAAUGAUGCUUCAAACACCAAGCGAUAAAGAUAAAGAAAGCGAAAUUGAAUGAUAGAUUCCUAUAAGGAGUACUAGUUAAUAAUCUGUGCCCCUUAUUAAAUUUAAUGAAAAAUUCAGCCGAAGUGCUCAGAUUUGUUAUUUCAGUUUAUUUAUUUUUAAUUUAUUCCAUUGUAAUGUACUUCUUAAACAAUUCUUUGAUAUUAUUUUGAUAUCAGUAUUGCAUUUAUUGUAUUUAGACAUUAUGUUUACAUUGCAUUUGUUAUUGCUAGAUAUUAUAUCUAAAACUUUUUUUUGUACAAAUUUCGCAUAAACUCAUUUCUUAUUUA